CAUAUGAGAGAGAGGAAAGAUAAAGAUAAAGAAAAAUACGAGGUGUAAAGAAGGGAGAGAAUCAGAGAUAAGAGAGGGACAGAAGGAGCGUGCCGUUGAGCUUUGUUGCUAUAGACACACGAGGACGAUUACUAGAAGAGAAUCUGACAGUACUUCCGGGUCAAGGAGCAGUACAGCACUGGUGUACACACGUUUCUACGUGAGUCUUCAAAACGGCUUUUCAUGACGAAGUGGUUUUCGUGUCCGAGAAGACGGGAAGAUACAACACCGUGGCAAAGGUCUUUAUUGAUCAGGCUCAACGUCUGGCCCUACAGAGGGAGAUAGACAAGGAGUCCCUGUCCACGGUUUCGGUCAGAUCACUGAUGGUCCAAGCCGACACAGGCAACAGGAUGGUUACCAUGAAGAAGACGAACAAGAAGAGUGGGAAGGACACCCACGCUGAGGAAGAGAUCUCAGAAAACACUUCCAUAAACCAAGGGAAUAACGUAAGGAUGAAGACGAAAGUAGACUCUGGUAGAAGAAGAGCAGGUGUCAUCCAAUGGGGAAUGGGGAAUACGGAAGAGAGCAGGAGGAAACAGAAAGGGAAGAAGAAGAAGAAGAAGUUGUCGUCUGGGACUGACAUCAGCGGUGAGGAAGCCAUGACUAAUGGAAAUGACAGAAGGUGCGGCCAGAAGAAGAAGAAACAUAAAGGUGUUAACACUGUUAAAACGGAGGUAGAGACAGAACAGAGUGAAUUAAAGGACAGAAAAGGAGUAGUGGAAAUGGGCCGAAGCAGAAAAAAAGAAGCUCUCUCAGGCAGAAGAGACAGAGAUCAGCGUUGUCAAGGUAGAGGAAGGAGAGGUGAUAGAAAUAAAGGAAGGCGAGAAAAGAAGGAAAAACAGAGGAAGAAAAGAAAGUGAAAAAGAUCCCUAAAGCUGCUGAACCAACUGAGGAGAGUCAGGAGGAGGAAGAGGGGAGACGAAGAAGAAAAAGAAGGGUAAGAGAGAGCAAUCGAGAGAAAGAGAGCGGAGAGGCAGAGAAAGAAGUGGUAGUAAAGAAGAAGAAGGGAGCUGAGGCUACAUAGCAGUACAGGAGGAGGAACAGAAUAACACCAAGAAGAAGAAACCCAAGUCCUCCAGCAGCGCUGCAGACACCACCAUGGAGACGGAAGGAAAGGAGGAGGGCAAGAUGAAGAAGAGAAAGGCUCUGCACUAACAGACAAGGAGGAUGUGAGGUGGUGGACAAGCGGAAGCCCAAACAGACGAAAAGGGUGGAUACGAAAGGAGUAGUGGAACAGGCGGAGAGCGGAGAGAGCGAGGGAAGGAAAAAGGUGAAGAAGAGCUCCUCUGGGUAGAGACAGAAAUGGAGGGCAGCACCCCUCACAAGAAAGGGAAGAAGAUUCCGACGAAGGGGAAAAAGAAGAUAAAGGUGGAGAGCUGCGCCCCUGAAGACCAGGAGAGGGACCAGACGGACGUGGUUUUCCUGUCGGAGACCAGGGGAAACGCCUUCGAGAUCCAUAUUGAUCAGGGGAGACGCCUGGCCCUGCAGAAUGAGAUCGACCAGAAGUCCAAUCCAGUCCAACUCAAAGCAGCACCGGUACCAUCGGGUUUGGGCCAGUGGGGCACUGCCCAGUUUGACAGUUCCGACCAACAUAGUAAGUUCCUGCGGUUGAUGGGCGGCUUCAAGAAGAGCGGGCAGCCAAUGGCAACGAGCGGUGCGACGGGAGGGCGGGCCAACAUGGCGCUGACUAAAGACGGACAGCAGAGCUUGCAGCAAGGCCUACUGGGGAAUUUGAGCGCGCUCAGUCGCGCCGCAUGGACUUCACGGAGGGGGCGGGACUUGGGUUCUCGGCGCCGUCCAAUAAGAAGUCUUCGAUUGACAUCAACAAAACCCGAUCGGUGCGCUUCGAUGAUUGAGUCGGGACGCUCUGAGUGUGUCUAGCAUCCCAAACGGAUGUGGAUGAGUGUGUGUGUACCUUUCUUUUGCAGAGUCUUGGGAGUGUCUGUCUGUGGAUGGAGUGUUUAUGAAUGUAUAUACGGUACCAGUCAAAAGUUUGGACCACCUACUCAUUACAGGGUUUUUCUUUAUUUUUUUAAA